AUGGAAAACUCCUGUUUGUUGAACGAAUCGGAGCCAUCCAAGUUGGAAAGCUCCCAAAUCGUGGCCAAUGUGUCGUUUGGAAGCUUGGAGGUCAUCAGGAACUUGGCCACCUCGUCGCCAGAGAUCUUGCCAGUCUUUGAUUUGUCCAGGUUGUCGAACACUGCACCUAGAUCCGCCCGACAGUUGAUGUGGGAUUGGAGACUGUGGUUGCGACGGACUGUUGGCCACGGCCCAAAUAGGGUCUGGGAUGACGGUUGGCAGGAUGGUCAUGGAUUUGCUCAAAAAGCUCUGGAUCAGGUGCAUUGCCACGAUGAACUGCGGCCGUUUGAGCUGGCCGGACUGGCUCUGGUCCACCAGGUUCCAGAUCUUCUCCAGAAUCGGGGUCGGCAGUCUGGCCUUGAGGAAGAUGUCUCUUGCUUGCAGGCCGGGAAGAACGCCGCUUGGAGCAGACUUAUCGAACAUGGCGCCAAAGUUCUGCGCCUGCUGUGGCGACAGCACUGGAACAACCACCUGUUGCGAGUCCACAGACGAGGCCGACGAGAUCCGCGAGCCUGUGUUGUUGGAAGGCAAACUUCCACCAGUGUGGCUAAUUGGAAUUGUGUUGAAUCUGGCCAGCUGGGAAGGAGCCGACUGAUACAGGUCGGCAGUCAGAGUUGCUCCGUGUUGGACAUGGCCAAUCAGUCUCAUGGCCACACAGAACCCGAACUGAUCCAGAACCCCCUUGUUGUCAGGGUCUGCAAUAUUCCAGAUCUCGCCGAGAAUUGGAGGACUCAAGUUGGACGCCUCCAACAAUGGCUUGGCUGCCAGUCCAGAAAGCGAGCCCGUGUGCUUGAGGUCCAAGGUCUUGAAGAUCUGGCUGUAAAACUUCUUUUCUUCGCCAGUGAGUGGCUCUUUAAGGUCCCCACCGGAAACUGGAGGUUAGUGAUCAACGCGGCCGGCACAAGCGCCAGAACGGUCUACUUACUCGACAUUGCGAAUGGCUCGUUUCAAAUAGACGCUGUCGUGUACAAACAGACUGCAAUCGUUCGCUGGCGAAAAACAAGUCUGAUCCAACGGGAGAUAAACAAUCUACUUUUUGUAGUCUGUGGUUACGAGCGCGGGGGUUUGACAGACGGGCGCAGCGUGGGGGCAAGGAUGGGGAAAAUGGGGGGACGAUGGAGGGAAAGACAUGUUCCGCCGCAAUGGAGAACCUGCCAGAUCUGCACAAGGGCCAUUACAACUACUUGUCUGGCCGUAACCUUGGUUCAAAAAGAUCUCGGGAGCAAUAUAGUCUGGAGUACCGACCGUGGAAUACGCCAUAAGUCUUCUGGACUUACGCCAUGUUUGCAUUUGUUGACGGUUGGACAUGGUGAGAUUAAUAGGGUCCACCAGAACAGAGUUUCUGCCGUUGUUAAGACCACCGACUCCGCUGGCGUUGUCCUGAUCCAGCAGCUUUUUGUAAUAAUUGGAGUCGUGAGUCUUGUGGAACCCUGUGGAAAGACCAAAGUCGGAAAGCUUGAUAUGUCCUCGCAUAUCGAUCAGAAUGUUAUCGGGCUUGAUGUCUCUAUGAAUGAAGCCCAGUCUAUGAAUAGCCUCGAUGGCCAAAACACACUCUGCAAUGUAGAAUCUUGUCACGUCCUCGGUGAAGAUCUGCCACUUGAUCAGCAUAGUCAUCAGAUCACCUCCAGGAAGGAACUCCAUGAUCAGAUAGAGGUAAAGAGGGUCCUGGAACGAGUAGUACAGCGAAACAACCCACGGUGA